AUGGGCGACUACGCGUCUUUUGUGUGCUGAAACUCUCUUGAAAUAAUUAUUAAACUUGUUGUGGCACCCAUUAAAACACAAAUAUACACCCUGUAAAUCGCACACUUAACCCCGCGUUGGCAAAAUGGAGUAUCUGCUGCUCAACGCUUUCGAACAAAACUACUACAACCAGAUCAAGCAAUUUGAGCGCGUCGCCAAUGCCGCCGCGGCAGCGACAGCGGCCGCGCAGAACACGCUAGCGGUGCGCAACCACACAGCCCUUAUGUCCACUAACAACAACACUGCAAGCGCCUCAUCCGCAACCUCUUCCAACUCACCAUCGACCUCCUCCUCCGCGGCCUCAUCUCUAUCCUCUUCACCAGCAUCAGCUGUGGGCAGCAACGGCAGCCCAACGGCAAGCAUGCAUAGCAACCACUACACAGCACAGACGAGCCUAGCGCAUGGUAAAGAUACGGCAACGGCAACAACAAAUGGACAUAAAGGUACGCAAAAGCAUGCGGCGGCGACGGCGCUGCAAGCACAACCGCUUUCAGCGCGCCAAAUGCCACAGUUCACCGCGGCACAAGCAGCCGCCGCCAUGGCAGCACAGUAUCACCUGCAACAUUUGCAGCAUGAGCAGCAGCAACAUUUGGCACAACAGCAACAGCAGUUUGCGCUUAAUCGCGCGAGCACGCAGCAUGCGAAAGCGACAACAACAACAGCAACAGCGCAGGCAUCGCCAUCGUCAAGCGGAGCAGCGGCGCAUAUGCAUCUUGCGCAUGUAUCAGCGCUGCCACUAACGCUACCGCCACCGGCGUCGCAUCUGCAGCAACAACAGCAUCAUCAUCACCAUCACCACAACCAGGCGGAACAGGCGCAUGCGCAUGCGCAAUUGUGGCACGCGCGCGAUCAGCAAAACAAUUCGAAUGUGGCAAAUAGUUUGUUUUGGCAACCAUGGCGUGAACUACACCAUCACUUGUACCAACAACAACAGCAACAGCUGCAAAAAGAGGCGCGUAUUUCUUCAAAGGAACUGCCGACCGCGCGCUGGCGCCGUGAGCGACGCUCGCGCGCUUGUGAAUACCCCACUAUAGGCAGUGGCGCGGCAACUGCUGCCAGCAGCGCCUCAACCUCAAGCAGCCUCUCGCCGGCGGGCACACCACCACCGCCUGGUGUCUGCGCUGGCGGCCUAACAUCGCCGGUGAGCGCGCAUCAUCAUGUAGCGGGCUCGCUGCACAGCGGCGUACCGCCACCAAUGUCCAUUAUGAUGGCCGCGGCGAUGCGUCCACUUUGUGAAUCCACCAAUCGUCCAACUCCACCGCCUUCGAACUCCUCAGCGGCGGCUGCGGCAUAUCAUCAUCAAAGCGGUAUGGAGAGUCCCAUUGAUAUGUCAGUGUCAUCGUCAACGCUAAAGCAUCGCUCCUCACCGCCACCGCCGUAUCGCGCGCCUCUACCAGGCUCCACAUAUGCCACCGCGCUCGCCCGUCCCAGCGUAAUUACACAAGCGCCGUCGAAACGAGAACGCGAAAGUGAACGCGAGCUGUUGGCUAAUCGUGAGAAUGAUAAUCGCAGCAAUGAAUCCGUUUCGACUUGCGACACGGUCAUCGAUGAGCAUUUUCGCCGCUCACUGGGUCCGAACUAUGCAGCACUCUUUGGCAAAAAGUCACCCGGUCACAAUCCAGGAACACCAUCGCUACAGCCGAGCGCAGUCGCUAUGACAACAACAGCGGUCAUCAAUACGCCCACCCCCACACCACCACCAACGCAGCCGCCUUUGGCACCAUCCUCAUCGUCAUCGUCACUGCCACAGCUACAGCCGCAGGCACUGGUUGUGGCACACGGCUCAACGCCAGCCGCAUUGCCACCCUACCAUGCAACUGUCGUCGCGCCACAAGCGCUCAUCUCACCAAAGCCGGCAGCGGUGUUACUUUCCCCGGCCGCCAUUUACGCGGCUGCGGCUGCAGCUGCUGCUGCACCUCCGCCACCACAAAUUGAUGCUCUAUCGCCGCAUCAUGUGGAGCAUGUGAUGGCUGUCGAUUUGCCGCCACCACAACAGCAACCAUUGGCUUUGUCCACUACGCAACGCAGCAAUACGCCGCAACCAACAACACCAAAUGUUGAUGUUGGUGGUCCAGCAACGUGUUCAUUGCCGUUAUCACCAACAAACGCCUUACAAACAUCACCGCCACCACCAGCAUUCCCCGCGGUCACACUGCGCAGCCAGACAUCAAUGGAAGCACACUCAACAAGUAACUCGCGCUCACCAGUGGCAACGCCGCAACAAUCACCAAAUUCUAUAACGGCAACGCCGACAAUGGUGUCCUCUUCGACGCCCCAAACAACUACGCAGACAGCAACAGCAACCGGUGGCUCUGCAACGCCGCCACCUAUAAUGCCGGCGAUUAUGCGCAUCAAAACCGAACCGGGACUGACGGCAACAAACACGCCGCCAGCUUCACCAACGUCGACCUCAUCCCCCACCAGCAUUACAGAGGUGACUGCUUCCGUGGAUGAUCACUUCGCCAAAGCGCUGGGUGACACUUGGAAGAAGUUGCAGGAGAACAAGGAGGUGCGCAAGUGAAAUACAAGGUGCCGCAGGAGGCGAAAAAGGUUUGAAUACGUAAAUGAAGAGUGAGAAGGUGUGGGCGUUGCAAAUGUGUGAGAGCAUACCAGUAAAAGAGCUGACUACAUGUGAAAAAGAAAAGCAAAAGGGAAUAAAAAAAAUGUUUGAAAAAAACCGGUAAUUUAAUAGAAAAAAAGAACAAAUAAAAUGUAUAGAGAGAUAAUAGAAACACUGGAGUUACAACUCUACAAUACUCUACAGCGAAUUCCCAAACGUAAAAGUGAAAAUGUAUUAGAUCCUUUGAAAGAGUCUUCUAUCCUAACCUAUAACAAUUAAAAAAAUUGUGCUGUCAGCAUAGACUAUAAAAGAUAAUUUCUUUGCUCUGGAAGUUUGGAGAUUAUAAGCAAAACUUUAAAUUCAAAAACAAAAAAUCAAAAUAUAAAAUAUUCAAAAAUAACGCAUAUCUAUAAACAAUUAAAAUAAAUAUACUUUAGUGAUAAAAGCUUGUGGAAAUUCUAAAACAAAGAGUACAUCAUGACAAACUCUAAGCUGCACUUACUAAUAUUUUAAGUGCAUAUAAGAAAUUUAAAAACAUAGCAUCACAAGAACGACGUACUUUCUUUAGCCCAUACAUAUUUUGAAUCGUUCAAGCAAAUGCUUUAAUUUACCACUGGAAAUGAUUCGUUCAAUUUCUUAAGUAUUAGAGGAACAUCGAAAUGCUUGUUGGAUAAACCAUAUGUUUCCUAUUUGUACAUCUUCACAUCCAAAUUAAUAGUUAUUGAAAAGUAAACAAAACCUGCUGAUCCGUACACUAAUGUAAGUUUGCUUGAAUGUCAGUUGCCAAUGCAAUACUAAAAUAAACAUUUCAUUUGGAAUAUUUUUCAGAAAUAUUAAAAUCAAUUAUACUUCUUACUUUUUUAAUUUUUCUUCUUUUUUUCAAUUUUUUUCCAAUUGUUCUGCAUUAUAAGUUCGACUCGAUUUUAUCUAUUAACUAUUAUCAUGCCAUAUACUAAAAAAUUGUUCCCUUGCGUUUCAUUAAGGUACCUCACAUACAAUCACCACUCAUAUGGAGUAAAGACAGCCAAAUGUUCGAAAAUCCUGUUAUUAGUUAUAUGCGGGCUAGGUCAAGUGUUCACCCAAUUUUAUCCAUUUUAGGCAAAAAGAUACACUGUUGUGAGUAAAACAAGCUCUCUCAAUUUUAUUAAGAUACCUCACAUAUUGGGCGAUACAGAGUAUGUGGUAUAAAGUCACCAAGAAAUUCCAAAAUCUUUAUAUUAGUUAUUUACGCGAUUCAAUCCACUUGUGGGACACAGACAUACAGUUGAA